ACCGGGUUCUUGGAACGCAUGGUUGCAUGGCAGUAUGGGGAUUAUAAGAAGAUAGGGCCGGAGCCACAGUUUUUUGGAGGAUACCAUUCCGAAUCACUUUCGUUCCAUUCGUUAUGGCACCUAUAACACGGUUCCUCGCCCUCUCGGCGUCUGUGGCAGUAUCUACUGCGCUUACGAUUGCAGAGAUCAAUGGCAACAAGUUCCUCUCGCCUUACAAGGACCAGACUGUUUCGAACGUAACCGGUGUUGUCACAGCGAAGGGGCCUGAUGGCCUUUGGUUGCGAUCGACAAAGCCCGACAGCGAUGAACGGACAUCCGAGUCCUUGUACGUUUUCGGUCGCACCUUUGGCGCGAACUUGACGGUUGGCGAUACCAUUGUCGUGGGAGGAAAGGUGCUCGAGUACCGCUCGAACAAGGACUACAUCUACCUGACCGAGCUUUCGGCACCGGUAUUACAGGGGCGACUCAGCUCAGGAGCUGCUGUAAAGCCGCUGGUCAUUGGCAAAGAUACUCGCGACCCACCAAACGAGCAGUACAGCAGUUUGGAUGGCGGAGACGUUUUCGCUGUGCCGAACAAUGUAUCGCAGAUCAGCGUUGCGAACCCUGAGCUGCAGCCUAAGAAGUACGGUCUCGACUUCUGGGAGAGCUUGUCUGGCGAGUUAGUUACGGUCAAGAAGCCUACUGUGCUUACCAAGCCCAACCAAUACGGCGAUACGUGGGUUGCUGGAAACUGGAAGGUGUCGGGUCGCAACGACCGCGGUGGAUUGACCAUCACCGACAAGGACGCCAACCCAGAGACAAUCGUCAUCGGCACUCCGCUCGACGGAACCAAGAACCCCACUGACGCCAAGAUGGGUGAUUCAAUUGACGAGAUCACUGGUAUCGUCAGCUACGCUUUCGGUUUCUACCGAAUCCUCCCAACGACCGCGAUCAAGGUCACCAAGAGCCAGAAGCCUACCCUUCCUUCAGCGACAAAGCUCGUGUCGAACGGCAAAUGCGACGGCAUCACCUUUGGCGCCUACAACGUGGAGAACUUGGCACCUACGUCUGACCACCAUCCUGACCUGGCAAACCACAUUGUGAACUACAUGAAGAGUCCAGAUAUCAUCUUCGUACAGGAAGUACAAGACGACAACGGUCCUACAAAUGACGCAAUUGUAUCCGCAAACCUUACCCUAACCACUCUGACUGCUGCCAUCUCAGCUGCAGGCGGCCCCAACUACACAUUCACAGACAUCGUGCCUGUCGACGAUCAGGAUGGUGGCCAGCCAGGUGGUAACAUCCGUGUCGCCUACCUGUACAAGCCAAAUCUGAUCCGCCUCUACAAGCCCAACCCAGGUGGUUCGCUCGAUGCCAACGAAGUGCUUGCUGGCCCGACGCUCAAGUAUAACCCCGGACGUAUCGAACCCGCCAAUGCUGCGUGGACAGCGAGCCGAAAGCCGUUGGCCGCGCAAUGGGAGGUUAUCGGAAAGGCCGGCGCGAAGAAGUCGGACGUGUUCUUUACCGUCAAUGUACACUUUGGUUCCAAGGGAGGAAGCAGCAGCUUGCACGGAGAUGCUCGACCACCUGUCAACGGUGGCGUAGACGAUCGUCUUGAGCAGUCCCGUCUCACCGCAAACUUUGUCAAGGAUAUCCUCUCAAAGGACAAAAACGCCCGCAUCGUGACUGCAGGCGACUUUAACGAAUUUGCCUUCGUGCAGCCUCUGGAAGAGUACACCAAGAUCAGCGGACUCAAGGAUAUGGACGAGGUAGUCAAGAUUGACAAGGUCGAGCGCUACACUUACCUUUUCGACAUGAACGCCCAAGAGUUGGACCACAUGUUCGUCUCGCCGUCUUUGGCAAAGAAGAGCAAGGCGGAGUUUGAACACAUUCACGUAAACACAUGGCCAGAAUACGACGCGCAAAUCAGCGACCACGACCCAUCGGUUGCCAGACUGGAUGUUUGCGCUUAGACGACGUUGCAUACGAUAGUUUGCUAGACGCGCAUAGCCGACGUCCGCGCUUGAUAACACAGAUAAAUGAAUACCAAGAGAUAAUGCGA